AUGUCUUCAGAAAAAUUAUUUAGAAUCCAAUGUGGAUACCAGAAUUACGAUUGGGGUAAAAUUGGCUCAUCAUCAGCAGUUGCCCAGUUUGUCCAUAAUUCCGACCCAUCAAUCACCAUAGAUGAAUCUAAACCAUACGCUGAAUUAUGGAUGGGUACUCAUCCUUCAGUUCCUUCCAAGGCCAUUGACUUAAAUAAUCAAACUUUACGUGAUUUGGUCGCUGCUAAACCACAAGAAUACUUGGGUGAACCUAUCAUUACCAAAUUUGGUUCGUCAAAGGAAUUACCAUUCCUUUUCAAAGUGUUAUCUAUUGAAAAAGUAUUAUCUAUUCAAGCUCAUCCUGACAAGAAAUUAGGUGCACAAUUGCAUGCUGCUGAUCCUAAGAAUUAUCCAGACGACAAUCACAAACCAGAAAUGGCCAUUGCUGUUACUGAUUUUGAAGGGUUCUGUGGGUUUAAGCCUUUGGAUCAAUUGGCUAAAACUUUGACUACAGUUCCUGAAUUAAACGAAAUUAUUGGUCAAGAAUUGGUUGAUGAAUUUGUUAGUGGUAUUAGACUACCAGCAGAAAUUGGAAGUCAAGAUGAUGUUAACAAUAGAAAAUUGUUACAAAAAGUGUUUGGUAAAUUAAUGAACACCAAUGAAGAUAUUAUAAAGCAACAAACUACUAAAUUACUUGAAAGAACAGAAAGGGAACCUCAAGUGUUUAAAAACAUUGAUUCUAGAUUACCAGAGUUAAUACAAAGAUUGAACAAGCAAUUUCCUAAUGAUAUUGGAUUAUUUUGUGGAUGUCUCUUGUUGAACCACGUUGGCUUGAACAAAGGGGAAGCAAUGUUUUUACAAGCCAAAGACCCUCAUGCAUAUAUUAGUGGUGAUAUAAUUGAAUGUAUGGCUGCUUCUGAUAAUGUUGUUAGAGCUGGGUUCACUCCAAAAUUUAAAGAUGUGAAAAACCUUGUGGAAAUGUUGACUUACUCAUAUGAAUCAGUUGAAAAACAAAAAAUGCCAUUACAAGAGUUCCCAAGAUCAAAAGGUGAUGCUGUCAAAUCAGUGUUGUAUGAUCCUCCAAUUGCUGAAUUCUCCGUUUUACAAACUAUUUUUGAUAAAUCCAAAGGUGGUAAACAAGUAAUUGAAGGGUUGAAUGGUCCUUCUAUUGUCAUCGCUACCAAUGGUAAGGGAACAAUUCAAAUUACUGGUGAUGAUUCCACCAAGCAAAAAAUAGAUACUGGUUAUGUUUUCUUCGUUGCUCCCGGUUCCAGUAUUGAAUUAACUGCACAUAAAGAUAACCAAGACCAAGACUUUACUACCUACAGGGCCUUUGUGGAAGCAUAG